AAGAAGCAUUCUCUCAAACAUUCUUUCAGAUUUUCUACAGCGAACAAUCAAAACAAGAAAAGAGGUUUGAAGAAAACAGCAAUUGAAAAGGAACGAUUAUGGCGACGAGACGAGUUAUUCCUCAACAACUCAGAGGUGAUCCCGUCGACGUGAAAAACGCAGCAGCAAAGAAUCGUCGCGCUCUCGGCGACAUCGGAAACAUUGAUUCUCUUCCCGGAGUUGAAGGAGGAAAGAUUAAUCGCCCCUUGACCCGUAACUACCGUGCCCAAUUGCUAGGAAACGCACCUGUUGCAGCCGCCGCUAAUAAAAAGCAAACCAAUGUCGACAAGGCUCCAGUUCUUGAUGGAGCUCAGGUUGUGCCUAAGAAACCAGAAGCUGUACGGGCAGUUCAAAAGAAAGGAAGAGCUGUUAAGCGACAGCCAUUAAAACCUAAUAUUGAAGUGAUUGUGAUCAGUCCUGACACGAACGAGAUUGCAAAAGCUAAAGAGGAUAAGAGAAACGAUGAGUCCACGAAGAAAGUGACAUACUCUUCGGUUCUCAAUGCUCGAAGCAAGGCUGCUUCCAAGGCUCUGGAUAUUGACUCUGUCGACAAAGACAAUGACCUUGCUGCUGUGGAGUAUGUUGAGGACAUGUACACUUUCUACAAAGAAGUUGAGAAUGAGAGCAUGCCUCAAAGUUAUAUGCAAACACAGCCAGAGAUUAAUGAGAAGAUGAGAUCAAUUCUUGUAGACUGGCUUGUAGACGUUAACAUCAAGUUGGAUCUGUCCCCUGAGACUCUUUACCUCACCAUCAACAUAAUUGAUCGUUUCCUGUCUCUCAAAACUGUACCUAAAAGAGAACUACAGCUUCUAGGUGUUAGUGCUCUGCUCAUAGCUUCGAAGUAUGAAGAAAUCUGGCCUGCUCAGGUCUAUGAUUUGGUAUAUGUCACAGACAACUCGUACAACAACAAGCAAAUUCUAGUGAUGGAGAAAACCAUUUUGGGAAGUCUGGAAUGGUACUUGACAGUUCCAACACAGUAUGUGUUCCUUGUGAGGUUCAUCAAAGCUGCGGUAUCUGACCCGGAAACGGAGAACAUGGUUCACUUCUUAGCUGAGUUGGGUAUGAUGCACUACGACACUUUAAUGUUCUGCCCUUCUAUGCUCGCUGCUUCAGCAGUCUACACUGCGAGAUGCUUCUUGAACAAGACCCCUGCUUGGACCGAUACUCUGAAAUUCCACACAGGCUACUCUGGAUAUCAGCUCAUGGAUUGCGCAAAGCUUCUAGCUUUUAUUCACUCGAGAGUUGGGGAGAGCAAGCUACGCGCUGUGUUCAAGAAGUAUUCGAAGCCGGAAAGAUGUGCUGUUGCUUUGGUUUCGCCAGCCAAGUCUCUUUUGUCUUAACAUUUAGACCUCCUUAAAGUUGCUGGUUCUCUGUUCUUGGGUUCUUGGGUUUUGCAUUUUAUUUUCGUUGUAAGGGUAGUUAAUAAUGUUGCCUGCAACAUUGUAACAAAAAAUCGAAACAACUCUACCAGAUAUGAAAUGAAUUCUG